GAUACACCCAGCCCAUUUCACUUGUUUCAUUCAUUUCCAGUCCAUCCAGCGAACGGUUUCACUUCUGGUUCGGGUUCAUUAGAAAGUCACAAUGACAUCCAGGUGGUUACUUUUCGGGCUACUGUCCGCAUGUGGUUUAGCUCUGGUGACCUGUUCGUACGGUCAGUCCCGGUCGGUCAUUCCUUUCAUCGCAAGUCCCGACUACUCCUCGCGACAGGGACGAGAUUUGCUGCUAUCCGAUGGUGACGAUGAUUUUGAAUUUUUCAAUACGCAGCGAGGAUUCUCGGAUUCGAAUCCGUUGGCCGAUGCAAAAAGUGUGCUGGAAAAAUUGAACAUCCGCCACGAUGGUGACAACGAACUGCCGAAAGAUCGCGUCCGGGAGCUGGUCCAUCGGUUGCACCAGCGAAGCGAUCAGUUCUACGAUGUCGUUUAUCAGGUGGCGCAAUCCACUGUGCAAAUGUUAAUUGCAUUCGUGAGAUUAGUGGAACAUUCCAACGAUCGGUUUAUUAUUAUAGCUAAAUAAAUUGUCUUUUGUUUUUGUUUUUCGAGUA